CCAAGGAUAGCUUCUACUUAAGCUGCAUUGCUGUGCAGGGAAGGUCCUCUGGAUAUUAUACCACCAAAAAUGAGUUUCUUUAGUCACUCUUCCAAACAAGGCUCUAGCUCCUGCAGCAACAGAGGACUGGUGAGAACAUCAGGCAGCGGAACAUGCAGCUUAAGUGGUAGUUCUGGUGGAAGGGUCUUUGGUGGAAGUUCCAGCAGUGGCGGUGGUGGUGCACGGGGCUCUGGUGGAAGCAUGUGCAACGUCAAUAAGGCAUCUGGGGGUCAAGGGAGAUGGAAUUCUAGUGGCACAGCGUGCAAUGCUGCUGGGUCCUGGGGGUCGAGUCCUGUAUGGGGUGUGUCUGGAUGUGGUGCAACUGGAGGCUUUAAUGGAUUUGGCGGUGGAGAGAGUGGCUUGCUUUCUGGUGAUGAAAAGCAAACCAUGCAAAACCUCAAUGACCGCUUGGCAGCCUACUUGGGCAAAGUCCACGCCCUAGAGGAAGCUAACACUGACCUUGAGGAGAAAAUCGCAAAGUGGUACAAGAAGCGGGGAGAAGGAACCAGUGAUGGAGGGUCACGUGAUUAUAGUAAAUAUUAUACCGUCAUUGAGGACAUUCGGAAACAGAUAAUUGCUGCAGUUACAGACAAUGGAAAAGUCAUUUUGCAAAUCGACAAUGCAAGACUGGCUGGUGCUGACUUUCAACUCAAGUAUGACAAUGAAGUGUCCCUCCGCCAGAGUGUGGAAGCUGACAUUAAUGGCCUGCGUAGGGUCCUUGAUGAAAUGACUAUGAGCAGGAGUGAUCUUGAAAUGCAGAUUGAAAACCUGACUGAGGAGCUGCAAUAUAUUAAGAAGGCUCACGAGGAGGAUAUGAAUUCUGCAGUGGAUGAUACUGCUGGAGAUAUAGAUGUAAAGAUGAAUGCUGCACCUGGAGUUGACCUGACUGCUCUUCUCAACAAGAUGAGAGCUGGAUAUGAGGCCAUUGCUGAGGAGAACCGAAAAGACAUUGAAAUGUGGUUCAACGAACAGAGUCAAGAACUGAACAGGCAGAUCAGCAGCAGUGUUGAAGAGACCAGCACAAACAAGAGUGAGAUUACAGAACUGAGGCGCAGUCUGCAAAACCUAGAGAUUGAAUGGCAAUCACAGCUGUCUCUGAAACAAUCUCUUGAGGCCUCUUUAGCAGAGGUCGAAGGUCAAUACUGUACCCAGCUUUCUCAAAUGCAAGGAGCAAUAAGCAAUGUGGAAGGUCAAGUGCAGCAAAUCAGAGAUGAUAUGGAGAGCCAGAACAGAGAAUAUCAGCAGCUCCUAGACAUCAAGAUCCGCCUAGAGAGUGAGAUCGAAACUUACCGCAGCCUGAUGGAUGGCGAAGAGAGUGAUUUUGGAUCUGGAAGUACUACUGCAUCUAGUGCGUCAGGAAUACGAAAUGUGGGAAACUUCACACAAGUUAGAUCUAGAGAACCAGAAUCAACAAAUUUGAGAUCUAGAGACCAAUCAUCUUCCAACUUUGGAUCUAGCACAUCAGGAUCUGAAGAUUCAAGAUUCAGGGCUUUGGGAGCUACAGAUGGAAGAUCCAGAGGUUUGGGUUCUUCUCAGUCUCCAUCUAGAAAUUUUGGAUCGGCAGAUUCAAGGUCUAGAAAACAAGAAUCUGCCACCACUCAGGCCCAGGUCUCCAGACAUGGAGAGUCAGGAUCUAGGAUUUCAGGAUCUGCAAGCUCAAGAUCAAGUUUUGAAAGUUCUGAUGACUCAGGAUCAAGAAGUGGGAGCACUACCAGAGAUCAACAAAAAACAAGAGUGAUCAAGACAAUCGUGGAAGACAGAAUUGGUGACCAAGUUAUCUCCACUCGUGUCCAAUCUGUAGAAGAAAAACCAAUAAAAUAAGCCAUCUCUUAAAAGUCUAUAGGAAGACUUUUA